CCGGCAACGCGCAAAUUUCUGACCUUCCAAAAUUCUACGAAGUCAACUUUGAGAACCGCUAUUGACAGGACGCAAGUCUGCAUCUAGUUUGCAUAGACCUCACGCAAACCGGUCAAAUCCUGCAUUUUCUGAGAUUAUCGAACUCUCAGCCUCAAACUUGGAGUUCAAGGACCGUUCACUGCGGCCACUUGACGAGGGCGAGCAGGACGACGAGGCUUACUUCCCCCUUCCUGGAAAAGAAAACUUCGUCACAGUCUGAUCACGCUUGUGAGCAACAGACAGACUUGACUUGCAAAUUCUAGACCAUUCUUGUAUGUAAUAUGGAGAUAGUGUGGGUUCUUCUAAAUUUUGUGCUGGCCAUGAUGCCAUGUUUUCUACACGGGCUGUGCAUUAAGACAUCGCAAGACGACAAGCUUCAAACAUCGCGGACAGAUGUAUCUGACGAUGUAGUGCUCCAUAGCUCGACCUAUUCAAGCUGUCAUGUUGUCAGCGACGGGGACGAUGCAAAUGCAGUCUUUCUCGUUGGUGUGAUGAACCUUCCAGUAGGCAUGCAUUACUCGCGAGUAGCGUUCACAAAUAACUUAUAGGUUCGUAGUAAAUCAUCACUCCCUACCCGACAUAUUUACGGAAGUACCUCGAUUACCGGCUGUGAAACAUCAACUUUCUGUCUGAGACUUGCACGCCAUAUGAUUCGGACUGUCCUAAGUCACGCCCCUGAUCCUGUAGGUUAGUUCGUGCUCUUCCGCUCAGCUUCAGUGGUUGCGG